AUGUCGCUGCAGAGUAUCUACGAGAAGUUCCUCGCAACGGCGGAUGUAUCACUCCUCGCAGAAGACGCAGCGCUCCAUUACAUUACAACAUUGACUUCGCUUCACGGUGCGGCCGAGAUCACCAAAUACUUGAAGGGCCAGAACAACGAGCUCAAGAAGAAGGAGGAAAAGGUUCUGGAUGUCGUCGAAGCUGCAAACGCUCUUGUCGUCGAGGUACACACUACCAUUGAGUUUCUGACCGGAGGCGGUGCCUAUCUGCCAAGUUUGGACGACAACUUCCUCGCAGAUCGCGUGGUAACCUUUCCAAUUAUCCAUAUUGUCAGUUUCAACCCCGAAGGAAAGAUUUCACAGAUACGUCAAAAUUGGGAUCAGGGAUCGCUUCUCAAACUCAUCGAUGUCAUUGGCAAGACGGGACGCAAUUGGCCUAUUCGCGAUGGCAAGGACCAGAUUAAGUUGAUCCUUUCAAGUGUCAAAUCUGCAGGCAAGCCGACAAGCACACAAGAACCUGCUGCCAGAUCGAGAGGCAAUUCGAGCCACAUUACCGGCGAUCCUCACGCUUCUCUUUCACUGUUCGGGCCACGCGAGAAGAACCCUGCUGCAAAUCAACCGGUGGCCCAGCGAUCAUCAAAUUCGAGACCACCACCACGGGAGUACAGCGAGCUCUUUGUGAAUGGCGACUCUCUUGCUCCACCAACUAAUGACGCCGCUCGCGACCGAUCUGAAUCGCCAUCCAAGUUCGCCAAAGCUGGAGCAAGCAAGAACUAUGCUCCUUCGCGCCUUUUCGAUCGUGACGAGGAUGAGCAACAGGACACCGUUGAGCCACUGGUCGCCUCAGGCCAGGAAGGCAAAAGAGCCUUUUAUAAGCCCAACCCAAAGCGAUAUGAGCAUUUUGAUAUGACUGAUCGUGACGUUGAGGAAGAGGAACCCAAGCAGAAGCCAAUGAAGGAAGUUCAUGCCAAACACGGAAGCCAGUGGAAUUUUGAUGAUUUUACUACCCCUCAGAAGGUGGUCCCAAGCAAGGUUCAACGGACUAACGAUGUCCGCCAUUGGGGCAAUAACAGUGACGAGGAUGCUGCCAGUCCUGUCAAGGUCAAAAAGGUUGACAAACCUCGCAAGGACGCUGAGACUCACUUCGAAUUCAUAGAUGAUGGACCACAAGACGAAAACAAACGUCUUCCCGGCAGACCACGUGGUGCAGGUCAAAAUAACGGUCUUGGCCUCUACAAGAACAACUUGUAUGAUGAUGGUGAAGGAGGUACAGCUGGUGGAGAGGAGUUCAACAAGUCUAAUACUCUGGCUAAUGUCAAGGAUCGUAAGAAAAAUUUCGAUCCUCAUUUUGCCAUGACCGAUGAUUCGCCAGCCCACAAACCUGGGCCUGGUAUAACUGAAAACCAAGCUAAGGCUGUCAAGAUGAUGGAUGCGAAUUGGGGCUCUUAUGACCAGUCGCCUGUUCAGAAGGAAAACAUGCCAGCUUCAUCGAGACCGAACGCGUCCAACAAGGGACCAUUGUCUGAAAAUACUAAUAAGAAUGUUGGUAUCAAGUCCAGUGGCAAUGGUAUGGGAGGAAAGAAAGGAACAGAACCACAAUGGGGAUUCGGCAACGACGCGCCUCAGGGUAUCAAUAUCGGUGGUGAUGGAAUGGGGGGCAAGAAAGGUGGUGGCCGUUCAUGGGGCUUCGGCGACGAAAGUGAUGACGAAGUCGUACCCAAGUUUAAAACCGGAAAGACUCAAGGAAAGCAACAAGCGACUGGCGGUGAUUUCUGGGAUUUUUAA